AUGGUUGAUGCAGCUUUAAUCAAUGGCUUGCUUUCAAACUUAGCGCCUCUGAUUAAUAAUGAAAUCUCAUUGUUUAGGAGUUUUAAAAAGGAUAUUCAAAAGAUAUCAAGCACGUUAUCUUCAAUUAAUGCUGUUCUUGAGGAUGCUGAAAGAAAGAAAGUACGAGAGAAAGACAAACAAACCGAAGAUUGGUUGAAAAAACUCAAAGAUGUAGCAUAUGAAGUUCGCGAUAUCAUGGAUGAGUGCAGUUUGGAAGAUCUUUGUGUUCAAGUCAAAAGACGGAAUGACUCAUCUUCAACUCGAAAGAAGGUAAGCAACUUAAUCGCCCAUCCUUUUAACCAUACUAGAAUGCGCCUAAAUAUGGGUCACAAAAUUAAGGAUGUUCAAGAGAAAUUGGACCAAAUUUAUUUUGAGCGUGAAAAGUUGCAUUUACGUGAAACUAGUAAUAACUCAUCAUCUACUACUAGUUGGCGUGAAACCAUAUCUGUUUCUACAUGUAGCCAUGUAUAUGGGAGAAAUAUCGAGAAGAAAAAGAUUAUCGAUAUUUUAUUCAAUGCAUCAAAUAUUGCUAAAGAAUUACAUGUCCUACCUAUUGUUGGAAUUGGUGGUCUAGGUAAAACAACACUUGCCUAA